CGUGCUUUUUACACAAAUAAUUAUUCGUAGAUGUUUUAUAACAUGUUAUACUUUAGCUAGAUAUAAUAUGAACUCUAAUGCAUAAAAUGAGAACUAUAGACAAAGACCUAGAGAAAGAUAAACCAAAUAGAUUUGUACUUCCUGGUACAUCGCUCAAGACGUCCGGCGGGUAUUGUGUGCUGCAAGUUCAAGACACAACUCGAAUUGUUUAGAAAUGUAUUAUGAUUUCUCCAUGAUAGUGCAUUUAACGUAGAGUUUUAAAUGACAUAGUUGGAUGGUUAUUUGGGUGUACGAUUUGUUAUGCAUUUAAUGCCCGGGACGGUGCGGCAAAAUGUUGAGUGUGGACUCGUUGCAAGUUGCCGAGGAGGAGGUGGUGGAGUCCAGUUCAAACAGACUGGGGGACAUUUACGCUUUUGUCGCCGAUGGCUGUUUUCCACAAACGAUGAAUCCUAUUCGCAAGAAAAAUCUAAGAAGAUAUGCUCAAAAAUUUAUGAUUGAAGAUGGCCGGUUGUAUUAUGUUGGGCCAAAGAAAGAAGAAAAGCGUGAAGUAGUUAUUGAAGCUGAGCGGAAGAGACAUAUAUUCCUGGAGUGUCAUUUUAAUGACAUGGGCCAUCACCUGGGACAGAAGAAGACCGUUCACAGGAUUCAGAAUAAAUACUACUGGCUUGGCAUUGUCAAAGAUGUUGUGGAUUGGAUAAAAGUUUGUGAAACAUGUCAGCACACAGAGAGAAAUAAAAACUUGGCAAGAACAAUACGACCUAUCAAGGUGGAUGGUCCGUGGGAGAUUAUGGCCAUUGAAAUAAUGGGUCCAUUCCCAGGAACCAUACAUGGAGGGAAUACACACAUUGUUAUCAUUACAGAUUACUAUAGUAAAUGGGUAGAGGCCUUUCCCAUACAAAAGAAAGAUGGGCUUUGUGUUGCCAGAUGCAUUUCAUCAUCUUUUUACAGAUUUGGCCCUGCAAAGACAAUAUUUUGCUCUCAAAGCACUGACUUCUGUGAAGAGGUUACUAAGCAUCUGUGUGACAGGUGGAACAUAGCGGCAAGGUUGUUGUCAGUAGACCAGCUCCAGCGGAAUGCUCUGUUUGAUCGCAGCGGUCAUCUACUGAGGGACGCCAUAAAACAGAUGGUGGUAGAGAAACAGGUGGAGUGGGAUGAUUUUCUUGAUCCAGUUUUGGCGAUCUUUAGAACAUCAGUCAACCCUACGACAAAAUUCGCACCUCACUUUUUAAUGUUUAACAGAAAAGUCAGCAUGUCCAGUGAGUUUAAUCCUCUAAGUUACAAUCAGGACCAGGAGGGAUAUACCCUUAAUGAAGAGGACACAAACUCUUUUAUGUCCUCAAUUCAGGAACAACAGAAUAAUGUCAAACAGAUGGUAAUUACAAAUAUGAAUGUUGCCUACAGACAGGAAAAGAAGAAUGCAAAACGCAAAGCUAGAAACAUGCCCUCCAUCACUUUAACUGUGACUGACCCAUUGUACAGCACAGAGGACUCGCCCUCAGCAAAAAAACUUAAGGAAAGCCUGUAUCUCUCUUUUCCAGUCGAGACGGUCCUAACCACAGUCCAGAAUGUAGCAGAAGACAAGAAAAAUGGCUUAGAAUAUCCUCUAACAGACUCUGACCCGCACUGAUUUUAUAAAGCACUUAUUUUCAGGUUCAGAAAGUGUAUAUGUAUAGACCCCUUUUGAGCCAACCUCUCGAUUACGUCACGGCCUUAGCUGGAGGCAAAACAAUGGGAAAACUGGAGGCGGCCAAUACAAAUCAGCUCAGGGUCGGCUACAUAAGGAGUUUAAAAUAUCAUCUUGCUGUGUUUUUGAGUGCCAGAAUCGACAGAGUGAAGGCUUUAAUCUGACAUUAUAACACAUACUAUUGCCAGAAAAAACAACGACAGUUGUAGUUAAACAAUAAAACUAGCGGACUUCACAGAAACGAUCACCAAAGAUGCUUGCAUUUACAGCUCACACAUAUCACUUAAUAAACUGUCUUUUGUUGGUUUGGUUUAUAGUUGUAUUAACAAGUGAAGUUAUUUUUCAGGUAACGUUAAAACUUUUUUUGCGCAUAUGCAAGCUAUCUUUGUUGGCCAACCACCGGAGAUUAAAUAUAAAGAAAACUGUUUGUCGUCGCUGUUUCUACAGUAUUCAUAAGUGUAUAGAAACCCGGGAGAGGGAACAGUGAGAAUGGCUCAUGUGUCAGGUGUGUGUUCAAGCUGCAUUUGCUAACGUUGGCCACUGUUAGUACAUAUAGGCAUCUAAAGAUGUAACGUUAUUCUCUCUCAGUUUGUCUUGACUAUACACGCUUGGGUUCUUUCUCUAUGGGGUAUGUGUGGAUGUCAGACCACUUAACUGGAGGUAACGUAAUCCUGACAGUUCAUCCAUCCAGUGAGUGAGCGUGUAUAGGUCGGCCAAUCUGAUUCCUUCCGUUAAAGUUCACUUUUUCAACAACAGUCACAGUUCCGGGCUGUGACUGACCUUACAUAUUCAAAUUAAAUUGGAUUCUCUCCAGUUAUUGUUAAAAAAAGUUAUCAAAACGUGCUCGCUAGCAUUAGUAAAGCGGCCAGGGGAAUCUUUCUGCCUCCACCUUUCGCCUCCGCCCACGAAAACGCGUCACUAUGUUUACUAACAAAAAAGGGGUCUAUAGUCUCCAGUUUUCUUCAGAUGUCUGCAUGUUCACAUAACAAGUGGAUGUACAAGUGGUCACCUUAAACGUUUUUCCACAUAACUUUGGAACUAUUACAUGAACUAAAAUCAAUUCCUGGUAAAACUUGAAUUAGUUCCUAUGGUGGAAAAAUGCCUUUUCUAACACAAAAUGUAGCAAGAUUAAACAAAUGUUUCUCGAAUUUAAGCCUUCAAUCAAACUAAUGAAGGUCUCAAGUUUUGCUUGCUUUUGGGUUCCAGGAUAAAGUAUUUUUUUUAUGAAGUGAUGGCAUUUGUUAGACUGUUAUUGAACUGCACACCAAAAAGACAUUUAUAUUUUGAAUGUCUAUUCAAAAUACUUUUUGUUUGUAUCACCUUAGAUCAGGCAUUCUGAGUAUAAGUAAAAACUUGCAUCAGAAUUUUGAUACAUGAAUGAUGUUUAUAUGCUCAUUUGUACGUAUGGUCUUAUUGUUUUUGUCAAACUGAUCAAUUAAUUAUAUUAAAUAACACGGGAUAUUUUUAUUAAUGAUAAUAACAAAACAUUUUAACAACAUUCUAAAGUUAAACACGUACAGUAUAUCUGAGCAGUGUUUCAACGAGAUGUCCUUUAGGUUGCAGUUUAGUUGUAUACGAUAUCGAUAUCCAUAUAUAAUGUAAUGGAUCGAUUUGAACAUGACUUGAACUUUGAACAAGAACGCAAGUGUUAUUGCAAACAUGUGCAACUUCCUGUUAAUAAAGAACAGAAGUUGGUGUAAAUAAGGUGCAAGAAUGCGGUCAUUGAUUGCAGAAUAUUUCUCAAUAAGUGUGACCUCAACUUAUUACUUGCUUCAUCAUUAGGGCAACCUGCCUCAAAUUCGUUAUUUGUCUAUAAAGCGAAGCCGUUUAGAAGUUUUUGAUACUUCGCUUUCAAAAUUGAGUUUAUUCAAUCAUACGUUUUGGAAAAACCACGUCACGUACGUCACAUCAAAAAGGGCGCUAUCUCGUCUCAAGCGCAGCUUUUGCUUAAUUUGCUAAUUUUAUGUAGUCCAGGUUUAAUUACGCUAUAAUGUAAAGUGGGUAUCAAACAGGUGGGCAGGGAGUAGGGUCAAAAGUUAUAUAGGGUAGGCUAUGCGCUGUAAAUUGGGUUGGUCGGGACUCGGGAAACAGUGCAGGCUCUAGACUUUUAAACAUCUAUUUUUAUCUAAUAAACCCGUCUGUACUUGUAAAUUUCGAGAUCUAAAGGUUUGUCUUUUCAAAACUUAUUUUACGUACUCUGAUUGUUUGUACUUGCACUAUUGCCAAAUGUAAAAUAAAAUAAAGAAGUAUAAAAAAUGGACUUUAACAUGACUUAAACAACACAAGGUGAAAUAUGAAAUAAAAAACACCGAUGUAU